AUGAACGCCCAUCCCAAUCAACUGGCGGCAGAUGAAGAGCGAGUGGCGUCCUGUGUGAUCCAUGAUUACGCACAGUUUCGGGCCCUCUCAAGCUCCGGAAGCACCGCGGUCUACCUCAAUCCGCGUCUGUACAUCGCCGACGGGAUUCCCGAUGCGGUUCCACAGCUACUCUGCAGGUACCAGUGCAGCGAAGAGUCGCGAGAUCGAUUUGAGACGGGGCUACGCAAGAACUUGGCCAGGGCCCUUCGAAGGAGUCGUGAGAAGUCCGACCGAAUGACUGUGGAGCCGACGGUCGCACUGUCUGGCGAGGAAGACAUCUACAAGCGAUUGGCAGGGCUAUCACUCACGGCAAAGGAUCUUGCGAUGUACUACCGCAAGAUGGGCUGGGAGGCGUCUCGCCUGGAGCCGGUACGUUUUGGUGCGCACACUGACGAAUGGACACACGACCUUGACGGUCCAAGCGAGACGAUGGCUUCAGGUUAUCCCGUCCUCCGGGAGUUCUACGUUCGUGACGAGGAGAGGCCCAUGUGCGUGCUUGAUGACGAGGCUGGGAGGCCCCUGUACACGUCUGUCAUCGAAGUUUCUCGAAGUGGGAAUCGGCGAGGCCACGGUGCAAGGGUACAAGGGCCAAGCAUGGAGUGGAAUACGAUCGAAGGCCUACUGCGCAGCAGUGACGGGAGAACCUGUUUGAUCUGUGAACCUCAAGCCCGACUGGAGGCCGCCAUUCGAGCCAUCAGUACCCCUUCUACGACGUCGACCGGAGUGGCCUGCGCUCAGCACUCUGGAUUGGAGGGAUCAGAGACGAACGACCUGCUUUCCCUGCCGCCGCAGCUGUUCCCUUCAGCUUUGAGUGCGCUCACGGAUGGUUACGGGCACUCUUGCGCUCGGCAGUUGCAGCUGCUCCGCGAGGAUGCGGACGCCAUCGCCUCCGUCGAAGGCUACUCGGUCAAGCGCACCGCCUUACCCUCCUUGAAUCUACAUCACCUCAUUCCGGCUGAUGCGAGACGUCAACUCGACUCAGGCCUUGUUUUCACCGACCUGGACACCGUACAGUCAGCCUACGUCUCCAACUGA